UGCGACGGCGUCAAAAACUGUGGCGCCCAGGAUAAUAGCGAUGAAAUGCACUGCACUAUCAUAGUUCCCGAGGAGGAUCACGGCGCUCUAAUAAUAUCCUGCAUAGCCGCCGCCUCGUUCCUAAUCUGUCUCCUUUGCACUCUCUGUCAUCGAAAAAGAAAACGCAGACAUCACAGACAGCUGGGGCUGCAUAGGAACGCCGCCCAUUACGACUCAACGACCAGCGCAACCGGUAUAAGUUUAGGUUCCAGCAGACGCCAUCUGCAGAGUGGUGGUAGCCUCUCGGGCAGCCUGCACGGAAUCAACAACAGCGAACCGAUGCAGAUACCGCCGGCCCCGUUACCCCCCAUUGGUGUCCCACCACACGUCUGCAUCAACGAUACCCUGCUCGACCCGGACGAUCUGAACGACGACCUGUUUGUGAACAGCUGCGACCGCUUCGACGACAACGGGGAGUGUGUAUAGCGGUGAGAGAGGCCCGCGACGGCACUGCUUUACCGACACUGCAGCAUCUGUCAGUUCUGUCAGCGCCUCUACCACGGACGCUACUGCUGCUCGCUUUACUACUACUACCCGUACGACUACUGCUCGGCAAUGCUGGCACUGCUAUGUUUUGGCAGCGACGGCCGCAGCCACCGGCGACGUGUUGUUGCGGAAGCCCACAGACGAGUUCCAACCAGACAACACGGUUACGACGACUAUCUGUACUACAACGCCAACCAUCAACACCGCGACAACCAGCAGCAUAUUCCGGCUUCUGCCAUCAACGUUAAUGAUUUCAAAGUUAUCUAUUAUUAGUCAGUGAGGACGAGGCGACGAGUGAAGGGCGGAAUUAGUACGACCCCUAGCCAAUACCGACACGCAGAGAGCGCUCCACUCGUGAACGAUAACGACGACGACGACGACGUCUUUUCGCUCUUUUUCGUUCGUAUUCAAGAAAGAGAAGAAAAAAAGAGAUAAACAAGGCAUUAACAAUAAUUAAACAAGGAUAAACACAGAACUAACAUUAGAUAAAUGAAAUAUUUUAAUUGACGGUGGCAUGGUAAAGUAAAUAAAAUUUUUUAUCCAACUAUGAAUAAAAAAAACCACAGCCGAGCGAGUAAUUCAUAAAGACAAAAAAACAAACCAUGCGAAUUAGAAAAUAUUACAAGUAUAGUAAAAGGUAAUAAAAAAAACACUCACACUCAAUGAAAGAUUUCAUAACAAUCGCAAUACAUUAUGUUUCAGUUAAGUGAUUAUUUCAAAAAACGUAAAAUGAGCUAGGAGAGGAAAAAACCUCUAACACUGUGUAACAUAGCUAUAAAGAACAAUUAAAGGGAGGCAAGUGUGGGGCAAGCACUUGCGCUGGAAGAAACACGCGCGCGAAUGGGUGAAUUUGUUUUAGUUGUAAAGUUCAUUUUAUAUGAAACCCCCCUUUUUAAUAAAAUCUAAUAAUGAGAGGAAAAAUACCAUGAAAUAGAACUAACAUUCCCCCAGAAAAAAACAUCGUAAACGAAUAAAUAAAACAAACAAAAGAGCAAAAAAUACUAGGAAAUAUAUAAAAUUAACCACACAUACACAAAACAGAGAGGGAAGUCGGGCGAGGAAAAGGAAAACUCGAAACAAGUGAACACACAUAAACAUACACAUACACACGCAAAAUUUGUAUCAUAGGAGAAAAAAGGGAAAAUGAUAAAAGUUGUUUUAUAUAUUUGUACGAAAUAGUUAUUAGACAUUGAUAAAAAUAAACAAAAAAAAACUAUGUGUAGACUAAACCCAAAAAAAAAGAACAAACGACUAAUAAGUGAAAGAGGAACACUCGAUCCAUGUGGGUGGAGAAAAACGAACAAGCGCAUUAAAUGAGCUCAAUGUUUUUGUUUUGCAAUAAAUCCAAGUCAAUCUUAUGUUAAUCUUCCCGUAAACUAUCUCAAAGAAAAAACAAAACACACACACACACAGUCACACAUGAGAUAGACGAAGAAGCAAACACAACAAACGAGAAUCAAUCAUCGUCACUCAAGUUUACGCUUAAAAUGAUCUUCCCUGUAAUAAAAUAAACGCAAGCAGAACAAAAAAAAACCGAGGGUGAGAUGGUGCGCAAAGAGGAAAACCGUGAAAUAAUCAUGUUUUGUAUGAAGAGAAACAAAAAUUCAAAAAACCAGUUGAACGGGAUAAUAUGAAAUCGUUAAACAAAAAAAGGCAAUUGCAGAACAAACAAAAAAUGCAAAUAAGAAGUAAACACUAACUGAACACGUAAAAAUAACAAUUAAUCAUGUAAUCAAUGUGUAAAGAAGCUAAACAACUAUUAUUUAACGGAAGCAGGAAAAUGAGGUUAACCAAGAUAUAUUGCAAAAUGAAGCGUCCAAAAAUAAGUAACACACAUACACACAAGUAUAGCGAAACAACAACAAACAAAAAUGAAAUGGUACAUAUACACACAGACGCGUAAGCAAGAAAAAUCAGCGACCUUUUCAAUGUUAAUACGAACAAAAACACAGCAGACUAAUAUCAGAUCCAAAUACAGGCUAACAUGGAAGCGGAGGUUAACUAAGCAUCGGAACGAAAGCACAGCGUCAAAGGGAAUCACGACUCCCCUCGAAUCUUCCAAUGAGUCUGUAGAAUUUUUUUCAACGUGGGAAACAUAAAAUUAACGGGAAAAUACGCACUUCCACUCAAGUUUCACUUAUUGUCCUUCCGGAGAAAAAUCACAACAACUAAAAACCAAAUAAAAAACGAUAAACAAUAUUCUAACCAACACUACUCAAAAUGAGAGACUUCUUAGCAAGCGUUGAUGGCCUGCAUUAAACCAAGUGGAAAAAAAAACACUCCGCAAUAUCGAAGUUCCCAUCAUCCCUCCCAGCAGAACGCAAUCAAUCACAUAAAUGCAAAAUUAACCAGUUUUCUCUGUUGUGGCAUGUAGCAAGUGAUAUACAGAAUAAAAACACAGAAGACCACACUAGGAAACAGUUUCAUGCGGAAUGAAAACAAACGAAAAAAAAGCACUAGUUAUAACAAUGAAAAAGAGGGAAAAAGCAUAAUGGAGAAUAUAAGCAAACAAACCAUGUGAAAUAAGCAAAGCAAAAGCCAGCUUCAAUAUUUAUACGUGAGUGUCUAGAGCAGAAACAAAACUAAGAUAAUACUUCAAUUGGGAGAGAGAACAAAAAAAAGAGAAAAAUGUUGUUUGCGAUGUCUUGUUAAUUUUUGUUUUUAUGUUUCCAAAAUUUAUUUCGACGUUAAUCUAUCAAAAUUAAUGAUUCAAAAGGUAGGGAAUCAAUAUGAAAUACGCUGAGUGGUCAACGGAUAACAACGGGUUAGAAAUGUAAGAGAAUAGAACAACAACAAAAAAUUGUCAUUGGUUUCAUAGUCAUAGAACAGAACGACACGACACUAGACACAAGCGAGAUUUAUUUAAACCAACAAACAACAAGAAACAAAGUGAUGAAACCCGAAAUUCGUUUGACAUUGGUAUGGAUGAAAUGUUUGCCUUGAAGGUGCUGAAAACAAUUUUAGAUGAGUUCAGUUUAUACAUCUGCGUAUAUCAUCUCAGUUGAGCUAUGCAGCGUUGCUGAACUACUUUUUGAGAUUUUGAAGAGAUUGUUCUCAUAUUUUUGCGCAAACAUCCAUCAAAUAGUACGUCAAAAGUGAUCCGCCAUCUCUAAACACAACUUUCAACAACAAUACAACGACCUUCAGUUCUAGGAGAUCUCAUGGUGAUCGCACGAUUCCGUUUGAAUUGGGCGAUUUGGAGUCAGUGGUUCCUGGCUCAGCAAAGGACUUCUCCAGCUUCCUCCUUCGCCGUUUCAAAAGUAUCUUCGUCCAGGUAACCAGUCGCUAGUGUAUGCAUUGUACAUGAUCUCACCGAUCCUGACCGUAAUGGACUUUAUUCUUUCGGUUGUUGAAACCUUCAGGCUGCAUCAUGAACAUUUUCUUUUUGAGUUGGACGUCUUGACAUCGAUUUUGUGAAAUGUCACCAUUUAUAUCGUGACAUACCUACUUGCUAUUUAUCGGAGUUUGAUCUGCUGUCAGCUACACCAGCCUUUCGUUUUCCAGCAAGGACCUUAUUUCUUUGUCGACAGCCUGUUUCCAUCUUGCUGGUCUCCACCAGUGGCUUCGGAACAUCCAGCACGUAGUUGAAGACACUCAAAGCGUAUGCAGUGUAUUCUCUAUCAUACUCCUGACACCAAGAAAAGGGUGCCUUUCCUGCUGUGGUCGUCUGGUUUUUUGCGUUGUCAUCACGCCGAGGGGUAAUCGUUCUUAUCCGUUCCAAGUCCUUCAUCAAAACUUCCAAAUUCUUCAUAAGGAACAUGCCCCUCCGGCGGAACCUUUUCUCGCUGCGUCCUCAAAUUCACUUCCGUCCGACUACGUAACAGUUGCUGGUGGCAACAUGAAUAUAUCACGCGAUUGGCCCUUCUCAACAUUCACGUAAUCACGAUCCGCUUCCACCAAGUCAACAUCCCGCGCAUGGACAAUCCGCUUCGACAUCGGGUUCCAAACACGGUAACCGUUGUGGGCGUAUCCGACGAAAGCCCCUUUCCAAACCUUCCACAUAUCAUAGGGAGUCACCCCAUCACGUUCGACGUUCGACAACACCUAGACCGUACCGGACACUUCAUUGGCUGCACAUUUCUGAACAACGAUUAUAAUUACAAUGUGGUACGAGUCUACGAACCACUGUGUGUGACAUCUCUUACCGAGGAAUCACCCAACGCGCUCUGAGAAGCCAAACCACUCUUUCGUUACUGUUGGUAUGUCAAUGGGGCGAUGCUGAUUGCUGUACCACUGGAUGUGGCCAUUCGUUGCGUGGACACCGACUGAACAACAUCGUUGCUGGACGGUGAGGGAUCGAGUGCCUUUCUGAAGGCAAUGAGGGUGGAGGUGUAGUGCUGGAGUAAAGUUUUUCAAGGGCCGUUCUCAAGGCUAGAGACGAAUGAACUGAAAAAGUUUAAAGUCUCUAUAAUACAAAACUUUACCUAACCUGGAUGUGGGUAACGUGUGUGUAUGUGCAUCAAGUAUAUACAUAUAAGGUGGGAUAUUACUGUGAGGCAUAACACGCGAUAUCGGCAAGGUUAUUAUUAUAGUUUAUGAUGCCACACAUCCUCCCCCGUCCCAAAAAUAUAGAAGUGUACAAUAAAACGUAAAAUAACGAAAACAGCUGCUUCUAAAUCUUGCGCGAAUUUAUUUGCUUGCUAUCAGUUUUCGAAAACGCGACUGAACUAGAACCACUAUCAACAAGCUUCUGCGCAAUCAUCCCGAUUCGGUAUCGACAAAAUUUUACGCGGACAUCCCGAGCCGCUAUAAACAAAACCAUGCAUGGUCGAUUCAAUCUGCUAUAGAUUUAGAUAAAUGCAGUCAACUGCGUCAUCUAGUCACUAUCCCGGCCCGCUGCCGAAUUAGAACAACAAAUA